AUGUCUGCCAACACUGAAUUCGCAAAGGCCAAUGAGGCGUACGUCGCAACUUUUGACGACAAAGGUGCUUUACCACUCCCACCUGCCAAGAAGCUUAUCGUAGGCAAGCAGGAUUUUUCUUAUCACAUAACAUGCAUGGAUGCUCGCCUGCUUCCUGAAGCUCACCUGGGCCUUCAUGAAGGCGAUGCCCAUAUCAUUCGCAAUGCUGGUGGUGUAGCUGCAGAUGCCAUUCGGAGCAUUGUCAUCUCUCAACGUCUUCUUGGGACGCGCGAAAUUGCCAUCUUUCAUCACACCGACUGCGGCAUGCUGACUUUUGAGACGGAGCACUUGCGCGAUAUAAUCAAGUCUUCUUCUCCGGGAGAUGAUGAGGUCGCGAAAUUGGUAAACGAUCUGCAUUUCCACGAGUUUAACGAUCUGGAAGGAGCAGUGAAGAAGGACGUGGCAUUCCUGGAGAGCCACCCCCUGCUGUUGAAAGAAACAAAAGUGACAGGAUGGCUAUAUGCAGUCGAGACUGGCAAGAUCCAACAAGUUGCGUGAAUGUCCACGCUUAUAGCCUGAAUUCGGCGUACGGGCUUUUUUUGUCAUAGCUUGUUCUACAGAAUGUAAGCACUAUUGUCAGACGC